AUGGGCUCUCUAUUCGAGGCAUCUCCCACGUUCUCAAUUGAGAGCGAACGCCUCCAAAUCUCCUACUUCUUCCCCGACUCUACCGAGCACUGUCUUUUCCUCAUGAAGCUAUGGAAUACAGAGGAGUUUAUGAAAACAUGCGGUCGCACCAGCAUCACCACGGCAGAGAAAGCCUCCAAUUUCCUUCGGCACCGCGUGCACGCCGACUACGCCCGAAACAACUAUGGCAUGUUCCUGGUCUCGCUGAAGCCGCAUGCGCACGCGUCUUUGGCCGAGAGUACCCCUAUCGGCACCGUAUCAUUGAUGAGAGGCGAGCCACCGAAUGCUUAUCUGGUGCCUGACAUUGGAUAUGCGUUUCUGCCCGAGGAGACUGGAAAGGGGUACGCCACCGAGGCCGCGCUUGCGUUGCUGGCGUAUGCGAAGAGGGAACUCGGGGUUGACUCGGUUUUUGGAUUCUGUGGUAAAGAUGAUACGCACAGUGCGAGGGUGUUGGAGAAGAUCGGGCUUGAGUUUCGGGGACAGAGGAAGUUGAAGGUUUUCGGAGGGAAGGAGUGUGCUGUUUGGGCGCUUCCUAAGAUGAGCCAGGACCUGACAGUGUAUGGCUUGGAUGAUUGA